AUGAGCGGCAGCGACCGGAACGAUGAUAAGAGUGGCUUUCCCAGUGAUGUCUUCCGUAAGAUGCAGGAAGGCCACGACAAAUUCAUGCAGGAGUUCCACGAAGAAGGCCAGCGCUUCCAACACGACAUCCGGACGGACAACAAAUCAUCCCGUAACAACUCGAAUUUCUUUCUAUCAUUCAAGGACUUUGUGGACACGAACCUGAACAGUCUGGCCGACAGCUUCAGAAGUCUGCCCAACAACAUCGCGGAGCUACGCGCGAAGAUGGAAGCCGAGCGCGAGAGGCGAAAGGCAGAUGAUCUCGAGGUGUGGCAAAGGUGGACUGGCUUGGACGACUCGCCUGACCAUUGCGCUAUGCUGAAUGAGCGCUCGAGCAAGGAAACGAAGGACGAGGCAACGAACGCCACCCUCAUGCUUCUGCGUGAAGCCUACCGCCGUAACGCGCAUGUUGACGAGGACAAGAUCAGACGACUGUAUCACGAUCCGGCAUCUCGUGGGCUGGACGCUUUUGCCGCACCUAUGCUCUCACCUGGAGGCGCAUGCUACUAUCAAUCUGACAGCGGCUACAACGCACCUUCGACUGCCAUCUUCCGCUUCGGUCCUUACGAUCAUAGAUGGCUAAGUAUUGACUGGUUCAAACGCAGUCCGUACUCGCCCAUAACGCUUGAAGCCACUCAGCAGCCCGACAAUUCUCUAUGGCGCGCAGCUUUCGAGGAUCUACUGAACGCAGCACUUGACAAGCCGAUGCAUUCAGAGGAGCGAAUCGGUGCCAGACCACGCGGCGAAAUACAAUCUACGCACACUGGCCCAGGACUGGACUGGAUGCUAAGCCUACAAUGUCGUGGUAUCUUGCCUCCUCAGCUGCCAGCGCUCUACAACAGUAUGUUUCACAAGACAGCGCCGAAGCUCGGACUAGUGGUCCAGGCAGAAUCAAUCAUGCGCCACCCUGAUGCUCAACAACUCGCUGACGAGAUCGCGACUCCCGCCGCACCCAGUGGUGUGGUCUGUGGUGGCCAACAGGGCUUGGUUGAGCAGGAUUUGUACGAGGAACUCGACAAGGAAGCUGUUGUCGAACACAAAAACCCAGCUCUUCUAGACUAUCAGCAGCAGCUUGCGCAGCUUGAGCAGCAAAAUCGAGAUCGCCUGUUGAGUGCACAGCAGAAACAGAAGGUCGCAGCCGCGGCCGCAGCCGCAACUUCUACGACCGUGGGCGAAGAGGUGGGAAGUGGACCAGGGGCAGCUUGGAAAUUGUACGAGGAUCUUGACGACGUGGAGGUAGCUCUCUGCGACGCCGUGGAGCGUGGCGACGGCCUCGCAACCCUACUUAAACUCAGUGAAUGGCACAGAAUUCAUGGAACUAUCGCGGAUGUCACCAAUUUACCAGAAAGCGAGGUCACGCAGAAUAUAGAGGAACUGGUGUAUCAGCUGGAAGCACUCGAACAGCAGCGCGAGGCAUUGGGCGUAUCGAAGCUUGACAACGAUACAAAUAGGACCCAUGAUGCUCAGAAAGGAUCGUUUGCUCCCCUAGAUGUGCACGAGCCAAAGCAAAAAGUCGACGUCCUCUCCUCGCUGACGACAACUCGAACGACCCGUCAUCCUGAUGGCACGACCACGACGACUGUGACUUUGAAGCAGAAGUUUGCAGAUGGAAGGGAAGAAUCAGAAGAAAAGAUACAUACGUACCACGAACCCAAGCAUGACCGACAUCAACCCGAGCAGACCGUGGAGAAGCCGAAGUUCAAGGGCUGGUUUUGGUCUUGA